CUGCAAAGCUAUUCAAUGCUAAUCAAGGUGACCAAUUGCAACAUUCACACUUGCCUCCAACAGACAAGAGUUCUUUCUCCCAGCCUGAACCUUCCACAGAUAUAUAAAUCCCUCUUGACUAGUUUCCAACAGACCUCACAACCUUGGAGGAUGCCUGCCAUAGAUGCAGGCGAAACAUCAGGAGAGAAUGCUUCUGGAAGGUGAAAAACUCACAGCGAACCCAGUGAUUCCGGCCAUGGAAGCCUUCUACAAGAUAUUAUUCUGAGCAUCUUUUUUUUUUUCCUUUUCUGGUGUCUUUUUUUCUGAGGCCCCCACAGACACAGUGACACCCAUCCCAUCCCUAAAACUCUCCCAGCCUGUUUGGUUUCUUUCCCUGUCUCUGGGCCUCCGGGUCUCUCUCUCUCUCUCUCUCCAAACCUGUCACUGAGAGAAGUCUUUUGUGUUGAAAACAAACAAAACGGGGGCAAGAAGAGAGACAGAGAGAGGUGUGGAGAGGAGAGGGAGCCCAGCUGGUUGGCUUGAUCGCCCUUCCUAAGCUUCCCGAUGAAAAGCCAGGGAGAUAAUUCUCGGUCCGGGGAUGCGGAGGGAAGGGAGGGGAAGGAGACCCGUUAGUUCACCCGAGCAGAGGGGAGAGGAGGGGCUUGCAGACCCCCCCUCCUCCCAAAGUGACCCAGGGAAAGGAAGAAAGACCCCGCAGGGAGGGGAAAACCCCAUUUGUCUUUAAUCUGAGCUUUGCUGUGAUGGAUCAACUCUCACUUUGAGCGGCUGGUUGUUUGUAUCCUUGCCUAUCCAACAGAACUAGGAGCAUCUCUUUCUCUUUUGCAUUCCUUUAUAAACCUUUGACCAGGCGCAUCAGCACUGAAAUUUCUUUGAACGCGAACAAUUCUGCACCUGCUAUGCCUGAGCCAAAGUCAGUAUGUGUUUCUGUGGAUGAAGUUGUCUCCACUGGCACAGACACACAGGAUGUCCAUUUACUCAGUGGUCAUUUUAAAAAGGUGGACAAUGCUUUGACGGAAGCCCAUCGCUUCUCCUACCUUCCACGGAGACCAGCUGUGAACAUUGAGUUCAAAGACCUUUCCUACUCUGUCCAGGAAGGACCUUGGUGGAAGAAAAAAGGUUUCAAGACACUGUUGAAAGGAAUUUCAGGAAAGUUCAGUAGUGGAGAACUUGUGGCAAUAAUGGGUCCAUCUGGGGCUGGAAAAUCCACACUUAUGAACCUUCUGGCAGGAUACAGAGAGACAGGGAUGAAAGGAGAGAUUCUCAUAAAUGGACAACCUCGUGACCUGCGUUCUUUCCGCAAAGUCUCCUGCUAUAUAAUGCAAGAUGAUAUGCUACUUCCACAUCUUACUGUCCAAGAAGCCAUGAUGGUAUCUGCUCAUCUCAAACUUCAAGAAAAAGAUGAAGGCAGGAGGGAAAUGGUGAAGGAGAUUUUGACAGCUCUGGGACUAAUGCCUUGUGCCAAUACUAGAACUGGAAGUCUUUCAGGUGGCCAGAGAAAGCGUCUUGCUAUUGCUUUGGAGCUGGUCAACAACCCGCCUGUUAUGUUUUUUGAUGAACCCACCAGUGGCCUGGACAGCGCUUCUUGCUUUCAAGUUGUGUCCCUGAUGAAGGCUUUAGCACAGGGUGGCCGCUCCAUCAUCUGCACCAUACACCAGCCCAGUGCCAAACUCUUUGAGCUCUUUGAUCAGCUCUAUGUUUUGAGCCAAGGGCAGUGCAUCUACCGUGGGAAGGUGUUAAAUCUUGUCCCCUACUUGAGAGAGUUGGGUUUAAAUUGUCCAACAUACCACAAUCCAGCAGAUUUUGUGAUGGAAGUAGCAUCUGGGGAGUAUGGAGACCAAAACAGUCGGCUUGUAAGAGCGGUGCAAGAGCGAAAAUGUGACGCAGACUAUAAGCGAGAUUCUGGAGCAGAAAGUGAACUUAACCCUUUCUUAUGGCACAGACCAUCUGAGGAGGAUUCUUCAUCUUCAGAGGGCUGUCAUAGCUUCUCAGCCAGCUGCCUUACACAGUUUUGCAUUCUAUUUAAAAGAACAUUUCUCACCAUAAUGAGAGAUUCAGUCCUUACACACCUACGGAUCACAUCUCACAUUGGAAUUGGACUUCUCAUAGGAUUGUUGUAUCUGGGGAUUGGAAAUGAAGCUAAGAAGGUCCUCAGCAAUUCUGGCUUCCUCUUCUUCUCCAUGCUGUUUCUUAUGUUUGCUGCUCUCAUGCCAACAGUCCUUACAUUUCCACUCGAGAUGGGUGUAUUUCUUAGAGAGCAUCUCAAUUACUGGUACAGUCUGAAGGCAUAUUACUUGGCUAAAACCAUGGCUGACGUCCCUUUUCAGGUUAUGUUCCCUGUAGCGUACUGCAGUAUUGUAUACUGGAUGACAGCACAGCCUUCCGAUGCAUUACGCUUUGUUCUGUUUGCAGCACUGGGGACAAUGACCUCACUUGUAGCUCAGUCGUUGGGACUUCUGAUUGGGGCAGCAUCCACCUCUCUCCAGGUGGCAACAUUUGUAGGUCCUGUCACAGCCAUCCCAGUUCUGCUCUUCUCAGGAUUCUUUGUGAGCUUUGAUACCAUCCCAGCAUACCUUCAAUGGAUGUCCUAUAUCUCUUAUGUCAGGUAUGGAUUUGAGGGUGUCAUUCUUUCCAUCUAUGGUUUGGAUCGAGAGGAUCUUCAUUGUGACAAGGAUGAUACUUGCCAUUUCCAAAAAUCAGAAGCCAUCCUCAAAGAACUGGAUGUUGAAAAUGCGAAACUUUAUUUGGAUUUUAUUGUGCUUGGAAUUUUCUUUAUCUCCUUACGCCUCAUUGCCUACUUUGUUCUCAGAUAUAAAAUUCGAGCAGAAAGGUAGAGGUACUGCAAAUGCAAUGACAUGCAGAUGUGACUGUUUUUAUUUGUCUGAUUGUGACAGACAAGUCUCCAGUGCCCAGGUGCAAAUGAUAUUGUGAUCUAGUUGCUAGAAAACCAUGUCAUGUUGGAUUAGCAGGUGCAUAGGUACAGUAACAAUUUUGUUGGAUUUGGUCAUAUUUGUGUUAUACUUUCUAGCUUUAUUUGAGAAGGAGAAUUGAAUGCGGUUUUACAUCUAAAUAAUACUGGUAUCAAUCACAGAAACUUUCUCUUAUGGAAACAGAUUCUUGUAAGAUUGCUGUUGUGCUAACAGCAAGGCAAAAAGCGACUAGACAUCUUUUGUCUACGUUCUACUGAUUUUGGAAAUGUGAUGGAAUGUAGGAUCAUCUCUUCCUGUCUCAUCUAGACAUCAUCUUUGAAAGUUUCCUGCAUUUCUGCAAGCUUUUCCCCACAAGAAAUACCAUAUGGAAACAGAAGCCUUCAGGUUCCUCAAGCUGUAAGAUUGUCUCUUUCAAGUGAAUGGAUAUAUUUGGAGCAUAGAAGUAAUAUGAUAUGUGUUGUUCCCCUUUACAUGCUGAGUUAUGGUGCUUUAUACUCAUGAGCUGGUCUCAUGCCCCUCAAAUUGUAAUAUUAGAAUGAAAGUGGAUGCUAUAAAAGAAUGUAGAGUUGCCAUUUCAGAAAUGACUUGAAGGCACACAAUAAAAACUAAGUGUAAGUGAUGUAUCUACAAGAUAGUCAAGAAUUCUGCCUUUCAAUCCAGAUUUUGUGUGGUUUUGGAAAUAUACUUUGUCUAUAUUAACUACCUCCCAUAAAUACAGAAACUGGGAAUCCCAGUGCUGAUUGUUUGAUAUAACCAAAACAAAGUAAAAUUGGAUCUCAAAGUCAAUUUGACUGUUUUAAACCAUUUUGAUAAUACAGAAAAUGGAAGGCAGUCUGUGAGCCGACCUUGUAGAAGGAUUGUAUCAUUGUAGAAAAUCUCAGUGAUUAAUAUACAGUCCUCCCAGUUUUAGCUAAGUUGCUAUAUCCCAUAAAUACCAGAUCCUAUUAUUUCUGUUUUGACCAGUUUUCUUAACAGACAUUUGUCUAAACAACAUUUACUACAUUACCAGCACAAUCCAGCAGAAAACAAUCUGGCCCAUUGAAAUGAAGGUACAUAAAUCUGCCUUUCUCUGUGCCAGAUUAUAAUGAAUUGGUCUAAAUCAUUUAAUAUUUUUGUAACACUGUGAAUAUCUUGUCUGCCAUUCAAGUGAAGGCACACUUUGUAAAACUGAUUCUAAAGGGAUGUAAUGUGACUGUAUCCUCAUUUCAGCAAAUCAAAAGAUAUUCCUGUAAUAAUUUUGUUUUACUGUUGCGGCUGUGCACAGUACUCUAGCUGAGAUAUUGAUCUGUAAAGCUAAUGUAAAAAAGAAGUAUAGCAUUCAGGGCCUGGAAGAAAUCCAAAAGUUAUGUUUAUCUCAAUUCAGUCCUUUCAAGAUGGGGCAGUAUGUUGGCUUCACUUCUGAUUCAGAUAGGGUUUCUUUCAGAUCAAGAGCAACUCUGACCUAGCUGCCUAUUCAUUGGAUCCAAUAUUUGAGUUUUAAAAAAUGGAGCACAGUGUGGGGGAUUCGCAGAAACCCUAUUUUGUGUUCCAUCUAACAAGAUGCAUCAUUAACAGCCAAUUGUUAGCCUCAAAUUGCUAAAGUUGAAUUGGAGGGAUUGUUUAAAAAAGAAAGAAAGCUAAAGUACUAAAGAUGAGUCACAUUCUCCUAGGGAUAAAAAAAUAUAUCUUAAUUCAACUUGAGUUGUUUUGUGAAACCCUUUAUACCAAUAGGGAUAAUUAAAUGUUACUUGCUUUGUAUGGGUCAAAGAAGUCAUUUGUGCCCCACUAACUAGGGGUUCGUACAGGCAUCCAGGAACCUUCAAGACCUUAUUUAUCCAAAAUGUAUGAAAAUCGGAUGUGAUAGUAUAUUCCUAGUGGCAGUGUAUUUUACGUGCAUUUUAAAUAACCAGUCUUUUUCUGAUCUAAUUGCGUUGGAUUUUCUCAAAUCUAUUCUUGUAAAUUAAAAAAAAGUUUUUUUUUAAAAAAAAAGUCCCAAUAAAUUAUGUCAAAGGCAGAACUCUUCAUAAUAAAAUUUAUUCUUUGUAAUUCAGUGAGUUGAUCAUCCAAAUUAUUGUAAUAGGAAUAGUGGGAUGCUUUCCAGCACCUCAGACUUUAAUAAAUGGACCAGAUUACUGAAGGAACUAGAAGAACAAUGGCAAAAGUGUUCUUUUUGCAUAGGCUGCAGCACAUUCUUUAUAUAUAAAAAAUUGCAUGGACUUUGGGGAUAGAUUAAUUCUGGAAUAAAUACAGAUUAGCUAAAUUUGGUCAGGAAUAUUAAAAUGGAAGACUCUUCGUAUCCAAUCCCAACUCCAAAUCUAGGUCUGGUGAAAAACAGAAUAGAUAUAUAGUUGUAUGUUGACAAAAGACCAAGCGAAAUAUAGGAACUCCUUGUGGGAUUUUGAACAGAAAACCAUAAAACAGACCUAGGAAUAGAAAGGAGAUUAGAAAAUAUUCAAAAAAUGACUUCUCUUGUGAAGGCUUCACAAGGAAAAUCCUGGGCUAAUCAGAAUCUACAUUGUUUAGGACAUAUUAUGUAAAAAAUCACACAUGCUUUUUUGUGCAAUGUGUCCUGCAGAGAAAUGUUGGGGUUUUUUGGGAGGAGGGCGGUAUAUAGGGUAAUUCCCAAACUGCAAAAUGUCCUCAAAAACAGCACAAUUUUCAAAGACUUACUUAUAUCAGGAAGAAUAUUAGUACAGGAGUUUCCUUCAAUAAUGAAAUAAAUAAUUACAUCCCUAAAUUGAAACCCAAAUCAUCUAUUUCCUAUUCAUGCCAUUCUUGCAAUUGAUGGGUUUGGAGCGGAAAGGGCAGGGCAGGGCAGUUCCAUUUGUUUACCUUCUCCAGAUUUUUAAACAGAUAUGAUGUCUUGGAAUAAAUAUCUCAAGAUUGAUCAAAGAUCCUAUCUUUCAUAUACAGUAUUGCCAUAAAGAGGCAAAGGGCUAAACCUACGUAGAACAAUUCAAUGUGAUAUAAGAGAUUAUGUUUGUUUGUUUUUUUGUUCAUGUCCAUUAAUUUUGAGAAUAAUUGACAUACAUGGAACUUCCCUGGUAGCAACUAAUUAAAGGAAGAUCACAACACAUUAUUCAACAGCUACAGCUGCUAAAUAUCCUUCAUUUCUAUCAUUAGGAUUAUGUGGAAUCCCAAGAAUGAAUGUAGAAGCUGGUCUUUUAAUAUGUGAUAUAUGUUGCUUAUGUUCAGAAAAUCUGUGGUCCCACAAGGAGAGAAAAUGCCAUGUCUAACCUUUCACUUGGAAUUUGAUGGUGUUAAGAGAGGCAAAAUAAAAUCAGCUAACUUUCCCCAUCCUCUUGACCUGUUUUAGGAAUGUAUCAGCUCAACUUAGAUUUAUUAUACAGUCACUUGUGCCUAUAUUUGCCUGUUUGUCAAUCAGCUUGGUACCAUUUCUUAUUUCAGUGGCAUAGCCUCAGGUAUUGUAAUCUUUAAUGUGUUUCAAAUCCUUAGUUCUGCAUCCAUACACAUUGCAGCAAUGCUUUCAGACUUGAGACCCUUUGAGGCUAUUGACAGAGCCUUGUCCCAAGACUCUGUUGUAGAAUUUUGCUGACAAUCUUGACAAAAAUACAUAUUAAUACUUCACUGUCCAUGUCAUUAACGUAAGUACAAGAGACUAUUACGUUUUAAUAGUAUUACCUUUCAUAAGUCUGUUAAUGAAAAAGUCAUUUAUUGGCUGCCUUUUGAGUCUGUGAGUAAGUAGAGAAAAUGGCAAAUUUAAGGAGGCGAGGAAGAAUAAGAAAGGGACUGUUUUUCUCCAGUGGCUUUAAUAUUACCUAGGAAAGGCAAUCUUCCAUGUUUCUUGUGACAUGCGUUGUUGUUGGAGGGAAACCAGCAAGGGUGAAUGUGUAAAGUGGAUGUGAAACUGUUUUAAAAUGAUACAGCAUAUCAUAGAAAUAGCAUAAUAUUUGUUGCUUCUACUGGAUGUUGCAUGUGUGUAGACUGUGUAUAUCAGGUAUGGGCAAACUUCGUCCCUCCAGGUGUUUUGGACUUCAGCUACCAGCUGUUAGGAAUUGUGGGAGUUGAAAUUCAAAACACCUGGUGGGCUGAAGUUUGCCCAUGCCUGGUGUAUAUUCAUUGCUGUUAUCUCCUUUAAAGCAUAUAUGCAUCACACUAACAGUGGUUUCUUCCAAUCAUUCCUUCUGAGUGGUGUUUUCAAAGAGAAAAAAAUGUUAUUUUAAUUAUGUAAAUGAAAUGGGAUCUUUUCAAGAUUUCACUGGAAUGGAGUAUGUAUGGGGCACAACAAUAUUAAGAGCGUCAGAGUAUUUUUUUUUUUUUUUAAUUAUCAAAUGUAGUGCAGAGGGAAAAUGCGUGCUUUUCUUAUAUAUUCUCUGCUGGAAAUGUUUUGUCAACUGUGUAACUUUAUUAAGUAAAACUGGAAUGUGUACAUUGCUUCUUCUUUGAGAACAACCAGGGAGCUAUUAGACAUCAGGGUCAAAUGGCACCUUUUAUUUUUCCCUCCAGAAACAAAGUGAAAAGAUCUAUAUAUCUAUUGAAGUGUGUAUGACCCUAGCCCACCAUAAUUAUUUUUCCGGCCUGCAGCUGUUAUUCUAGCAACCAUUAACAAGUGUCUAGAAAGAGAAGUCAGUCAUUAGUGUCCAGCUCACUGAUACAACAUUUUAAAAAGUUUUCUCCCAAAAUAUGGAUAAUAAUAAAUUAGAGCCUCUUAAAGUCAUUUAAUUCACCCAUGCCAAAAACUGGGAGCUAUCUGCCUGCCCAAAGCAAUGGUCCUUAUAUAAUUAUAAGACUGCCAUUAGGAUCAUUCUGAGCUUUCAUGGCCGGAAUCACUGGGUUGCUGUGAGUUUUCCGGGCUUAUGGCUAUGUUCCAGAAGGAUUAUCUCCUGACGUUUUGCCCACAUCUAUGGCAGGCAUCCUCAGAGGUUGUGAGGUCUGUUGGAAAUAAGGUUUAGCAUGUUUGGACUCCAGGCUUUAGAUUUAAACUGGCAACCAUGAUACUGUGUGUGCUUUAUGGAGCUUUUUCAUCAUUUAUUAUACAUAUCACCUUGAUACCGUAUGGCUGGUGGCUUUGAAAAUUAUCUAAUUCAUAUUGGAAUACAUUUAUUGGAAUAAAUCUGUUUGCAUAUGUGCUUCUACCCAAUCAGAAUAGUAAACAUUGAAAAAUCAUGUAGAAACUUCUAUAUGAAACUAUGGUUUGCAAUGCACUGAAGAGCUUUCUUUUAAGAUAUUUUUAUGUGUGACAAAUUCACAGUUAUUUUGGGCUCCCAUUCACGCAAUUUUCCGUUGGUGGUAGAAGUACCUGCCUAUGGUGAUAAUUGCUAAGGAAGGUGACCUCCCCGUUUUAUAACACUGGUGUGUGACAACUUUUUUAAAUAUAUAAUUCUGGCAUGUUAGAAACAUGUCUAAUAUUCAUACAAAACAGACUAUCAAAUGAAGCAGUUUUAGAAUCAUAGAGUUGGAAGAGACCUCACAGACCAUCCAGUCCAACCCCCUGCCAAGAAGCAGGAAAAUUACAGAUGGCCAUCCAGCCUCUACUUAAAAGCCUCCAAAGAAGGAGCCUCCACCACACAAUGGGGCAGAGAGUUCCACUGCUGAACAGCUCUCACAGUUGGGAAGUUGUUCCUAAUGUUCAGGUGGAAUCUCCUUUCCUGUAGUUUGAAGCCAUUGUUUUGACCCAUUACUUUGCUAUUCCUUUGUAAUCAGAAGGAGUUUAAUUUUUAAAUCCAAAUUUUACCUUGUACAGUUUUCCAAACAUAUCCACAUGAAUUUUGUUCAUAGCGAAAAGGAUGAUGUCAGGACAUAAUCUUGUAGGAAAUAACAGGCAGCAUCCUGCCUUGGGGAGACAGAUAUGUGGUACAGAUUUCCAAUAAAUCUGGUGCAACUUUCCCCAAGCCACUUUUUCAGCAUGAAAGCCCUCCCAAAACAGAUAUUUCCAUGUCAUCAGAGAGGGAUGGUAGAAGGAGGAAUAUGUCCAUCAAUUUUCCUUUUGCUGGUCACAUUGUGACACGCAUCAUUGUGAACUUUUUGGAAGUCCUUGGGUGGUCCAUGAGAAUGAAGUUAUUGCUGUGUGUUCAGCUAGAGACUGAUUAGGUAGUUUUAGUUGUUACAUACUUGGAGCAUAAUUUCCCUGCAAUAAAUGACAAAAUAGACAGUAACUCAGUGAUAGGAUGCCAGCAGAGAUUGCCAUAUGGAGAUGAUCCCAUGGCACUUGAAAUUGAUAAAUGAGAGAGAUUUCUUGCAGUUGAGAUGGAAACAAUUUGACAUGUAAGAUUAGUAAUGAGUAAGCAGGCAGUUCCUAUCAAUUUAUCCCCCUAAUAGCACCACAAGGUAGCAAAAUUAAGAAUGUGUGAUUUAGAUGCCCAGGAGAUAUAUGUUUUUCAUACACUGAAUCCUAAUCUUUGCAAAAUGCAUUUGUUGAAAACAUUGUCAUCAUGAUAUGUGACUCUAGAUGCUAUCUUGUGCCCAUUUACUGGUAAAUAAGGUCAAUUUUCUCAGGGGAAUUACUUCUGAGUAAACAUACCUCUUGCAAUGGAGUCUGCUGAAAGCAUAUUUUCUCUUUUUAAAAAUCCCUUCUCUAUAAUACCCUUCUAGUAGCUGACAGUCAUUUCAAAUCCCUUUCUUCCUCAGGUUUUUCUGUAAUUUUAAUAAUUUUAAUAAUAAUAUCUCCCCUUGCCCCAAUGAUUUUAUUCUUGUAGCAUUGAAGAGACAUUUGAAAUAAUUAUUUCAGCAAACUUCUUUUCUCUUGUACUUUCUUUCCUUAGGAAACAAUCUUCGGUAUGUGAAUUGUUGUGUGGCAGUAUUGCUGACAGGGUUUUAUUACAAAAAGACUGGUUUGAAAUCAUUUGUGCAAUACUGGCUCUCAGUUUUGGUGAGCUGGUGUCCUUAAAUCUUAUUUAGUUAGAGACAAUGUUUGUGUGUAUGUGGUUUUUAAAAAACCUUUUAAACAAAAAGCAAGAGUCAAUGCAAGCAAUCUGUCAAAAACUCAGCGUGCUAUAUACUGUAUAUAUCAGCUAGCUCCUCUCUCUUGGAUGUGUAAUGCGCACAGCAUUACUUUGGAGUCUGUUGGUUUGCUUUUGUAGAGACUACUGCUACUUGCACGCUGUGGUACAUUUGCACUGUUGUAGAUACAUGUAAACAUUAUCAUUUUUUUCAGCUGGUUUGAUGUAUUUUAUUUGUAGUUCAAAUGUUACAACUGAUUGAACUACACCUACCUGAUUCAUGUACUUAAUGAAAGGUUUGUUAGAAUGUUGGACAUUCUAACCCAGCAUUUUAAAUGAACUAACACUGAUGGCUUUGUAUAUUUCUGUAUAGUUUGAUUCCUAUAGGAUAUUUGUAUGUGUAUUAUUUUCCAGAUUAGUGCUUUGUUUUCUGAAAAUGGAGAACAUUUAUGACAAUGUAAGAAUGAAAUAAUAAAAUAAAGGAUUGCUAUUUUCAGAUUA